UUUACGGUAUUACAAUCUCCCACUUCCAGUAUUACAGCUACAAAGGAUUUGGCGAGCAUAUGCGAGAUGUCUUAUCAUAUAGCCAGGCUGUACGUAUUGGCGAUCGUAUCGCCGGAGGUUGGAAUCCAGAAACUAGCGACGUUCACGUGGACUUAGCGAAAGAAGUCCACCAAGUAUUUUCCAAUGUAGAGCUAGCGUUGAAAUAUGCAAGUGGCAACGAAUGGUCCCAUAAUCUUCAGAAGUGGAUGCCAGAUCAUAAGCCUGUACUGACAUGUGUAGAAGUGAAAGGGCAGGCUUUGGAGGGGAUGAGAAUUGAGAUCGAGGCGUUUGCACACGAUAUUUGA